CAUUACUUUUGGUUUCGGGUAUGAAUCGUCAGUUAACAGGUCAUAUAUGCACCCGGAUUCAAAUGUGUCGUUGCAGACCAAAACCCCUCCAUGUUUCUAUUUUAUUACAGUGACAAAAACUCAAAGUAAAUGUCAAAGGAAUGUCGAUAUAUCUACUACUGGUUUCUACUUGCGUUUUCCACGAAAGCGUCAUGGCCGGACAAACCGGCCCAACAUUGUUCUUAUUGUGCUGAAUCCUGCUUUGUUUGUAUGCCAGGAUACUAUGGGCAGCAUUGUGAUAAAGAAUGUUCAAGCUGUAACAAAGAAGAGAUAUGCGACCGUCAGAAUGGAACUUGCGUGAAGCGAGAUGUUGCUAUAAGUAUUGAAAGUGGCUGGGCAUACAACUGUAUGCUGUGUAAUGGUGAAUGCAAAUCCUGCUUUUCGGGGUGGUACAAAAUUAACUGUACACUUGAAUGUAACAACUGUGAUAAAGAUGGAUGCGAAAGACUAUCUGGUGUUUGCUAUAACUGCGCGGGAGGUUAUUGUGGGACACACUGCACAGAAAGGUGUCCUGAAAAUUGUACAGACAACGGGGUUUGUGACCGAGAUUCAAAAGUGUGCCUUGAUGGCUGCAAGAAAGGAUGGUGGGGAGAUCAUUGCCAUAUUCCAUGUAGUGAGGGAUGUCUUCAACAGGAGUGCACUUUCGAUGGGAAAGAAUGUAAACAUGGUUGUCGAGAAGGAUAUUAUGGAGGCAUGUGUAACCAUAGGAACUGCAGUAGAAGAUGCCAACAUUGUGAUGUCAAUUACAACUGCUUAGAGUGUGUGAACAUGUUUUAUGGAGAGAAAUGUUCAAAGCGAUGUAAUGAUGGGUGCAAGAACGGCGUUUGUUCGAGGGAUGGUUCGUGUGUUUGCCGUGACGGAUAUGUUGGUAACGACUGUUUCUUGAAGGUCCAGAACACGGACUAUUAUAUGACAACUGUUAGGCAUUCGGAGUCUUGCAAUUGUGUGCCAUGCAACGGUCAGUGUAGUGUCUGUCGACCAGGUUGGUAUGGUGACGAAUGCAAACAUCUUUGCACAAACUGCAAUAAAGAUGGCUGCGAGAAGCAAACAGGUAUAUGCCACAAGUGUAAAGACGGGUAUUAUGGGUACAGAUGCAUUCUCUGUCCAGAGAAUUGCUCUCGCAUCCAGAAUGAGCCGUACUGUCAUCCAGAGACAGGAAUGUGUCUGCAUGGCUGCACGCCAGGGUGGUUUGGUGUUUACUGUAAUUCCACAUGCAGCCUGGGAUGUUUGAACCGAGAAUGUAACACUGCAGGAACACAGUGUUUGAACGGCUGCGUCGAUGGGCGUUACGGUCGCCUGUGUAAUAACACGUGCAGUUCGUACUGUAUGAAACAGAUAUGUCACAAUGAUGGAACUUGCCUUCAAGGUUGUAAAUCAGGAUUCUCUGGCGAACACUGUUUAGAACGCACACGUACCCAAACAGAUUACAUUAGUAAAAUGGACUUGCUAAUCGGCGGUUUGUCCAGCCUUGUAAUAUUCAUUGUGAUCGCUAUUGUGGUCGUCUGCUGUUUACGAAGAAAAAGAUCAAAAGCAAUGGAUGGAGUUGAAGUGAGGGAGCCCACAAGACACGAGACGGCGAGUCAGCACCAUGAUGAACAAAUUGAUGACAUCAGAUCACUGCGAAGUGAAUCGGCGAGUUCGGAUCACUACGAUUACAUAGACGAUAACGACUUGCACAGCAUUUCCGACUCCACCGCCGAAAACAUCCGCACAUCUCCAUCAGCACAGUAUCUGCAUCCCCAGAUAGAGCGGGAUGAUUUUAACAUCUUGGUUGAUCAAAAUGAACAAUGUUCGCUUGAUAUUCACAGAGUUUACUCGUCAGCUUAUUUACAUCCUGUUCUAGAACAGUGCGAUCAUAUUGAUAAUGUCAGUAUAUGCAAUCACGCUGAAGACUUUCCAAAUGGGAAUCAUUGCUUUCAGUCAACAGUUUAGCUAUAUCUUCAUAUAUAGUGAAAAACACGACAGUCCAUGGUUCCAGCGUAGCUACAUUAUUUUAUAGCUCUAGCAUAAUGAGAAUGAAUGAAGUUUGUUUUGUUUAACGACACAACUAAAUCACAUUGAUUUAU